CUUCACUCAAGUAAUUUCUUUAAGACCUAGUCAUGGAUUCCAGCGGCGGUAAACCCAGCUCUGUAAAGGAUGCUUUCUCCAAAGCGCAGACUGCACCGCCCGCCCAGGAACGGGUUGACCUCUUUCGCAGGCUGAUACAAGAUCUGGUCGAGGAUCCAGUCGCCAACCCAAAUAUCCCAAAUUCCCUGUUUGAGAAGAACUGGGCAGAAGAUAGCGAAGUGCUAGAUGAAGAUUUCAUUCGCCAGAUAAUCCAGAGCUUUAAAACGACUCGUGAAGAUCUAUGGACGCACCUGCUCGGAACGUGUACUCCCAACCAGAGUAAAAUGCUCGAAGCGUUCACUACAAACUCCAGGGUGCACGAAAUUGCUCGCCUUUUUGACUUCGGCUGCAGUAGAGCCACCCGUGAGGGUUUCCAAAAUAUGGAGAACGCAAAUCAGGUUCAACUUCCUCUCCCCCAAGACAUCGAAGGCGGCCGAGAACCUUGGGAACAGAGGUUCAAGAACAAGCUGGAGAAACUGUUCCACCUACGCGCUGAGCUGCCACCAGAGACAGUUAAUAUAGGCCUCUUUGAGGAUCCCCAGCGCUCAACACCAGUUCUGGUAUUCUGCACCCCAUUCCCCCAUAUUUCCAGAUCUCAAGUUGCUAAUAACACGACAGACUUAUGAGGGCGCUGAGUUCUGUAACUGGGGACGAACCGUCGAGAACCAGCCCGUUUACACAUGC